CCGCGCGUCUGCGCUACUGCCGGAUGCAAGCUAGCGCCGCCCGCGGCGAGUUUUCGACAUCUGAACUUUCUGAACCUCGCGAUUGCCCUCCCAGUCCUUGUUGCGACGCCAAUCCGCGCGCACGACAUUGAGUACAUCUUCUCUUCUGUACCUCUCUUCACCAAGUCUUUACUGUGUGCACUAUCGCUCAACAUGGUUAGAAAACUCAAGCACCAUGAGCAGAAACUUCUGCGUAAAGUAGACUUCAGCACGUACAAAUCGGAUGGAGAUCAUCGUGAUGUUGCCAUCAUGCGACGGUAUGGAGUCCAGCGACGCGAAGACUAUCAGAAAUACAACCGUUUGGCCGGCAGUCUCAAACAACUCGCCCACAAGCUUGCCAGCCUUGAUCCGGCCGAUCCUUUUAGGCACCGACACGAGGACCUUUUACUCGGUAAACUCUUCGACAUGGGAAUUUUGGGUACGGGGGGAGGCGGUCGUGGGAAACUAUCAGAUGCCGAACACAAAAUCACAGUCAGCGCAUUUUGUCGGAGACGACUUCCUGUCGUCAUGACCAAACUGAGGAUGGCAGAUAACGUGACAUCUGCUAUCAAAUUCAUUGAACAAGGGCAUGUGCGAGUUGGCACCGACGUGAUCACGGAUACGGCAUACUUGGUUACCAGAAACAUGGAGGACUUUGUGACCUGGGUUGAUUCCUCCAAGAUCAAGAGGAACAUCAUGAAAUACCGCGAUAAGCUGGACGACUUUGACCUAGACUUGAAUUAG